GGCGUACAAUGUAAGAACUGCGGCUUACUGGGUCAGACCAUAGGUCGGCCUUGCCCAGUGUCUGACAGAGUGGAUGCUGAGUACGUGUGCACUUUCGCUGUGUGGCAGGUGAGGGCCCAGGGGUCUGUGUGCUAUCAGCACCACCUGCAGGGAGGCCAGGCAGCACAGCCCACGUUGUGGUGGGAGAUCUCAUAGGAUGUGGCCUGCGUGGUGUGUGUGGCCCUGGCAGAUGCCCACAGGCACAUCCUGUGGCUCCAGCCACCUUGAAGUUAGACAGCCCUGGUUUACAUUACUUAAAAAAGGCGUGUAUAUGUUCAGGCAGGCCUGCUAAACAUCUGUAUUGAAAGACUUAAUGGGGGCUCUACUCCAAAUAUGUAUGUAGGAUGCAGACACACAACAAUUGCACCAUUCCAAAGUGUCACUGAUUGGGAACCUGUUGGCAGUUGUGUGGUAAAUACUGUGGCUCUGACACCAGGGAAUGGGAGUGAGCACCCUGCCUAGCAUGCCUUGCAGUUGGGGGUGUAGUAGGGGAGUGCUUGCACCCAGACUUCCUUUGUCUUAAAGGAUGGAUGACCUGGGCCUGGGUCUUUUCCCCCCAGUUCUCUGCUGUUCAUUCUCUCCUAAACAUUAGUUCAGUAAAUGUCAGUAGCCUGUAAUUGAUCAAAGUCUGUAGCUUGCUUGCCUGAUCUGAGGGGUGCUUUGUCCUGAGUUCUUGGAUUCCCAGGGCCUGAGGAGGCAUGAUGAGAGGCUUCCACGGAGUAGGAAGUGAGGGCACAGCUAGUUGUUGGGAAGACUGCUUUUAUUGAACAAGCAGUGCAAGGGAGCAGCUGCAGCAGGGGGAUUACCUGGAGGAUUUACCAGACUUGUGUCAUAGGAUGUGUGGUGUCCAAAUGUUACACCGGUUCACAGUGAGCCCGUUCAAAAUAGUACUUGAUUUUCCAUUCCAGGUAGUUUUCAACUGUUUUAACAGACUUGUUUGUCCAUUCACUUCAGGUUUAAACCACAUCUAAAACAAGUUUGAGUAUUAUGUCUGUCGGUGCCCAUAGGUGCUUGAAGACCUUCACAAUAAAAAGGGUCCAUGAUUUCAGUUGGGUCUGUUCUCUGUCUGGCACUUUUUUUAACCAGUUAUUGUAUAUGAAUAUUUGCAAAUAGCUUCUGAAUAAAACUUAAAAAAAAUAAGCUUGCAGAUAUGAUAUGUAAGGGAAAAAUGGGUCUGAAUGAUCUCAGUUGUGUACUAACUGGAAGGUUCUCAUUGUCAUACCUGUGUCAAGUUUUCAGGAAUGAGGUCAGGUUGAUUUGUCAUCCACCAGGACUCUUUAAAAACAUCCUUCUCAAAACAAAAGAGUCAAGAAAAGAAAAACAAAACAACUUGCCAGUAUGUCCACUUUAACUAAGCCCUACUUUGGUCUCUCUUUCUCAACAAACAAAUGACUUUGGAUGCCAUCUGUGUAACAGUUGGUAUACUAGUCACUAGGAAGAAUAAAGUACGUUUGGUAAAAUGAUCACUUGGACCUGUUGACAUGAAAUGGCCAAUGAAGGUUCUGUAGUUAAGCAUGAGGUGCCAGGAUCUCUCUCUGCUCAGAGUUUGUUUGCUGGUAAUUGCUCUUUGCUCAGUUUGUUUGUUUGUUUUAAAAGGUUGCACUUGGGAGUGAUCUACAGUUGCUUGAAGGAGGACAGAAAAAGAAAUCUUUGGAGCAGGAGCUUGAAGUAGCCAGAGCUUUAAUCAGGGGAAAUCCCAGAGCCACUCCUGCCCCACUCCAUCUGGGGAAUGGGCAGGAACUGCUGGGACAGCGGCAGUGACAAGGCAUUCUCUCCUUCCUGUGCUCAGAGGUGUAAGCAGAGAGGGGAAGGAACAUGUUACAGUUCUUACUAUGCGGCUGGAUGUUGCUGAAUAGGAUUUCCUUGGGCUUCCCAAUCAGUCUUUCUGUUGUUCAGAAUGGCAAAGAACCCUAAAUUUCAGGAAGUUACUCAUCUAUCUACAGGCUACAUCCACUGUAAAUCUCCACACAGCUUUACUGGCUACCAUUACCAUCAACCCUCCAAGAUGAGUAACAGUCACCCGCUCCGUCCCUAUACUGCCGUGGGUGAAAUUGACCAUGUUCACAUUUUGUCAGAGAAUGUCGGUGCUCUAAUGAAUGGGGAGGAGUACAGUGAUGUUACUUUUAUUGUAGAAAAGAAACGUUUUCCUGCACAUAGAGUAAUCCUGGCUGCUAGGUGCAAUUAUUUCAGAGCAUUAUUAUAUGGUGGAAUGAGAGAAUCUCAGCCAGAAGCAGAAAUCCCUCUUCAAGAUACUACUGCAGAAGCAUUUACAAUGUUGCUGAAAUAUAUCUAUACAGGCCGUGCCACACUAAGAGAUGAGAAAGAAGAGGUGCUCCUGGACUUCCUGAGCUUGGCUCAUAAAUAUGGGUUCCCAGAGCUGGAGGAUUCCACAUCUGAAUAUCUUUGCACCAUACUUAACAUUCAGAAUGUUUGCAUGACAUUUGAUGUUGCCAGUCUCUAUUCACUUCCCAAAUUGACUUGUAUGUGUUGUAUGUUUAUGGAUAGAAAUGCUCAAGAGGUACUCUCUAGUGAAGGGUUUCUGUCUCUUUCUAAGGCUGCUCUUCUAAGUAUUGUACAAAGAGAUUCAUUUGCAGCUCCUGAGAAAGAUAUUUUCCAGGCCUUGAUGAACUGGUGUAAACAUAACCCCAAGGAAGAUCAUUCUGAAAUCAUGCAGGCAGUACGCUUGCCAUUGAUGAGUCUGACGGAACUAUUGAAUGUUGUAAGACCUUCUGGAUUACUGUCACCUGAUGCUAUCCUGGAUGCCAUUAAAAUUCGUUCUGAAAGUCGAGACAUGGACCUUAACUACAGGGGCAUGUUAAUACCAGGUGAAAACAUUGCCACUAUGAAAUAUGGAGCACAAGUUGUGAAAGGGGAGCUGAAAUCUGCUUUGUUAGAUGGAGACACACAGAACUACGACUUGGAUCAUGGUUUUUCUCGACACCCAAUUGAUGAUGACUGCCGUUCUGGCAUUGAAAUUAAAUUGGGUCAGCCCUCAAUAAUCAACCACAUACGAAUACUGCUGUGGGACAGAGAUAGCCGGUCAUAUUCCUACUACAUUGAGGUAUCCAUGGAUGAACUAGACUGGAUCCGUGUGAUUGAUCACUCAAAAUAUCUUUGUCGAUCUUGGCAGAAGCUGUACUUUCCAGCCCGUGUCUGCAGGGUUGAGUCUGAGGCAAUGGCCGGUAAUAAAGCCUCUGAAGCUUGUGGAAAUCUGAAUGGCAAUCAGUUGAGAUAUAUUCGAAUAGUUGGGACCCACAACACAGUGAACAAAGUUUUCCAUAUUGUGGCAUUCGAAUGUAUGUUUACCAACAAAACCUUCACACUUGAGAAGGGUCUGAUAGUUCCAGCUGAGAAUGUUGCAACAAUUGCAGAAUGCGCCAGUGUGAUUGAGGGUGUAAGUCGAAGUCGUAAUGCGUUGCUGAAUGGAGAUACAAAAAAUUAUGACUGGGAUUCUGGGUACACAUGCCAUCAGCUAGGCAGCGGUGCUAUUGUGGUACAGCUAGCACAGCCCUACAUGAUUGGAUCAAUACGGUUACUACUGUGGGACUGUGAUGAUCGGAGCUACAGCUAUUACAUUGAGGUUUCCACUAAUCAGCAGCAAUGGACUAUGGUGGCUGAUCGAACAAAAGUGUCCUGCAAAUCUUGGCAAACAAUAACUUUUGACAGACAACCUGCAUCCUUCAUCAGAAUAGUUGGAACUCACAACACAGCUAAUGAGGUGUUUCACUGUGUGCAUUUUGAGUGUCCAGCACAGAGCAAUACUCACAAGGAAGAGAGUAGCGAGGAAGUGGCAGCAACAGAACUGGGGACUGUUGGACAGCAGCUUGUUUCUCACCCAGCUCGACCGUCAAGCACGAGUUCCCUGCACUCCCUCCCUGGAUCCACCUCACGUUCGCAGGUUCACCAGCCAUAAAGGAAAUUGAAAUGGAGCUUUUGCAGCCCCAAUGAUGCAAUAUGAAAUUAUUCACAACCUUCUUAGGCGGGCACCUUUUCCCUUGUUCUCAGUGAACAAAGGGAACCAUGUCCAGCAGCUGGAAAUGCUGAAAUGGAAAAGGCUUCCCAAGGACACAAAGGGGCUGCUUCAUACUCCUCAGUUUGCUCAAAUCAAGCUGGUCAUAGGGGAGGGGGCGGGGGAAGAAAAUAGGUCUUCAAUCUUCAUCAAGUCUCCCAUUAACACCCUACCUCUCUAAUCUAACCAAGGCAAGGAGAAUGGAAGGCAAUAAAAGGCAGAGCCACGUUGGAAUACAAAAAUGGUUUAUGAACAGUAGAAUGGAAGGGAUAUGAAAUAAGUAUUUGUUACCUGAAGGCACCCAUCAGUAAAGAGAAUGUUUAUCUUUAUGGAACACAGCGCUAUAAACCAUAGAUUGUUUUUAUUUUUUUAAGUUGUUCUCAAUCUGUAUUCCUUUGUAAAUGGUAAGCUAUUUUCAAAAUCAUUUUGACUCUAUGUCAUACUUGUGUUUUGGUUGUAGCAAAUGAAGUAAAAUAGAUUAGGGAAGUGGCAAGCAUGGCUACCUGUUGAGAGGCAGACUUCACUCAACUCUGCACCAAAAUGGCAAGAAAAGCCCCCAUGAUACAACAAAUUAAUUCAUAGAUGUUUAUUAAUUCUCACCCUGUUUGCCAAUAAUUCUUUGACUUAUAAGAUUGUCAUUUCUUAUGUAUAUUCAAGUGAAAAAUUCUUAGUUUAACUUACAAGUUAAGAAACAGAGUUAUUGUCCCUCUUAAAGAUGAGUAUUCAAGUUAAACAUUCAUUGCUACGAAAAUUGUUGUAGAUUUUAAAACUGGUUAUUUUUGUUUGGAAAAGCAUCUGUAUGAUUUAUAUUACUGAUAUGCUGCUGAGCAGAGCCAGGAACACAAAAAGGAAAAUUUGCAGUCCAAUCUUUUUUUUUCCAAGAAAAGAAUAGACUGUCAUGUUCAACUAGGGAUUUAGAAAGCCACUUAUAAGCUUUUCUCAUAAUCUUCAUAAAAAGAUUUCAUUUGACUAUUACAGUUAGAUCAGGCUCUUGUUGGCUCUUGCUUUAGUAAUUUACAUCCCAGAGUUAACUAUCUUUUACAAUUCAAUCAGAUUGCCUACUUCUUUACUUAUCUUGAACCUUUUUACCCAGAGUCAUGCAAGGUUCCCUGAUCUCCAGUUUGUGUGACUCUUAGCAAAAACACUGUGGAAUACUCGUCUUGCCAGUGUGUGAAGAAGAGGUUUUACUUUUAUACAAAUACUCACGACAUUGGCAAAAGUCCUUAGGAAAUAUAUGUUUUUUGGAGCAUCUGCUGUCCAGGUUUUAUCAACUUGGAAAGGAUUUUUUCCCCCUUUGUGUAAAAUAGCUUUAUCAGAGUAAAAAAAACAUGUCAGAUUAGGGCUUGUUAAAUUGCAUGCAACUUUCCUUUUCUUGAGCAUAGUGAUAUAUGAUGAGUUAUAUGCUUUUUGCUAUAUUGAUAUAUCAGCUUAUCAUACUAGUGGAAUUAAUUUCUCUCUGCUGAACACCAAUUGGGCUAAAAGCAAGAAGGAAUACUGAGCAAGGUGACAGAAGCAGCAGACAUUUAACAGAGAAGAAAAGAUAUACACUAAUUUAUUUCCUAUGAAGUUGAAUAAUUUUGUCAAGAACUUGGUAAUAGCUUUUCUUUCCUAAUCUCCAAGCCCAUCUUUAGACUUUUUGAUAUUUGCCCAUCAUUUCUCACCAUCACCUGAAUCAUGAUAGUUCUCACUGGAGGCGUGUAAGCAUUGCAUUAGGUACUACACUUUGAUAUGUGCCAUCCCUUUCUCGUUGCCCUGCUAUGUAAAGGUGUCAAAGUAAUGAGAUGUUUCUGAGUAAGAAGCCAGCCCUGGCUGCUGAAUGCCAUGUGUUCAUUCUGCAACCUUCUGACUAUGCUGAAAUUCAGACCAUGUAAGUGGUACAGAACUUGUUCAUUAGCUUCAAGUACAGAAGUAAAAAACAAAAUGAGACUAAAGGUUUCUUUAAAAACAUAAAAAGAAUAAUUCCAUACUCUUGAUAUAGUCUUUACUGGACCUAUUGAGAUGCAUGGGACGUACCUUAUCUUUCUUGGGUUGGUCCUUCAGUUUCAGAACUGACAGCACUGGCAAGAGGCUACAAAUAAAUUAAUAGCUAACUUCACUAUUCUCAGAUUGUGGAUAAAGAAAAGGACAUUAUUUUCUAGUGCUGUUAGCAUCUUGUUUCUUACCUUUGUAGGGAAUGUAAUAUAAGAAUCAAAUAGAACCAAGCCAGUUGUUCUCUGGCUUAAAUUGUCACAAGGAAAAAGCAAGAUUUGUACUUUCCAGACAUGCACAAUUAUUUUGUAGACUACAACUGAGUCAAAAACAAAAACUCCUUAAAAGCCAGUGGUCUGUACACCUCUUUGAGUUAUUUUCUCUGAACUUGUCCUCUGAUUCUUGAUAGAUCAAAGAUAUAGAAAUAUUAUAGAUUUCUUAUUUCAUCUACUGAGGUAUGAAGAAUCUGAAAUAUCAGCUGAAUAGCACAGUCAGUGUGCAAAUGAUUCUCAAAGCAAAAAGCAACAGGACCUGUAGACCUUCUAACAUCCAAAGAAAGGAUAUCAACCAUUACUGACACAAAUUAUUAGAAAUAUAGGAGUCUUCUGGUAGCAUGGUUUCCAGUUACAUCAUGCCUUUUUCCCCACACCCUUAAUUGCUUUUUGUGACAAUGAGGUGUUUUCAAUCUCUCUCUGAAGUGCAUCUGGAGUCAACAUAGAGUUUUCAAAACUUUAUAGGACAAAUCUUCCUGCUAUUUCCUGUUUUGUGGUUUGAAUCCCUUAGUCUUAUAUGAGAGGAAUAUUGUUAGUGGGGUUUAAAUGACAGUUAUUGAGCACCUCAGCUUUACUCAUUUAAAUACCCACAAAUUCUGUUUAUUGCCUUGUAUAUUCCUCUGCUAUGAACAUUCUGUUCUCAGUAUAAUGUGCCAUUGAUGAAGCAGAAGGAAGAUAUCACAAGGAAUUCAUUUACAAUUUAGUGUAAACUUCCUCUAUUUUUUCUAAAUAUUAUCUUCAGUGUGUGAUUGCUGCUUUACUAAACUCUGAGUUUCGUAUAUGUCACCUAUCUAUACCUGUUUUGUCGUUUGUUUCCUGGUAGAAAGAACUAAAAUCGUAGUUGUGUUAUUUGACUAUAACAUUAGAAAGUCUGCCACUGCAGAGGGGUGAUAUAUUUUAUAACUACUCUGAACUGCAUGCCACAUAUGCAUGUUUGUGAUUGACAUGGAAUAGAACUGACCAGAUGUGCUUUGGCUUUCUGACAGAGACUAUUACAUAGUUCUGUUAGCAGGUCUCUGUUAGCAAUGGCAUUUGCUUCAGUUGUCAUCACUGAGCCAUUACUCCUGUUUAGUACUUAAAUAGACUUUGAAAUCUAUGAUGAUAAACUCUGCGCUUUUUCCCCAUAUUUCAUUUCCUCCGUUUCUUUUCUUCAAUGUAGACUAGCAUCUAAGUUGGGUGGAGCUCAGAAGUGUUAUCUUGUAAAGUUUAUCUGUUCAAUGAAGUGACUCUUUCUUCUAAAUACAUUAAAAAUACUUUGUUCCCAGAAACAUUUGGUAAAAAGGGAAAAAAAAGCUGACAUGUUUUUAACAAGAAUAGGACUUUAUGUGUAAAACUGAUUUCUCUGGGAAAAUGGGAUUUUGAAUUGAGCAAAAAUUGCUCAGCUCUCUUUUCAAACUAUUGUCAAACUAUUUCAGUUCUCCAACAAGCUCCUGAAAGAUCAGUUUAGGCUUUCUUUAAUUUAGAAAGAAACAAAAAUAUAAUUUUGGCUUUCUAUAGCAGGGGGAAGUAGGGCACCACUGAAAUAAACGAGUAUUUUUAUUUGUCUAUAGAGAGAUAUUUGGCAGUGUAGAGACAGUGUUCCCUAUUUCAUAAGACUUCAAUUAAGAAGUUCCUUUUGACAAUGAAGAAAAGUGUUAAAAGCAAAGAAAAUUAAAUUUGUUUUCUUCCAGGAAUUUAUUUUUGUAGUAUGUUCUUUUUAUUUUAAUCUUACCUUUUGCCAAAAUGGCAUGUUCAAUUUGAAUUAUAAUGAGACAAGUUAAUCCAAGGUUGAUGUGAGAGACUUAGCACAGAAGAGAAAUCACCCUUUCUGUUGAGGAGAGAAAGUGGCUUUUCAGUGAAGCUUGCUUCUUUUAAAGCUACAUUUAUUUCUGUUUCUGCAGAAAUCAAUUCUGCAUGUUUAUCCUCACAGCAACUCCUGCUAGAGUUCAGUGUUCAUCAGUAAUGCUGGAAAAUUAAAAUGCAGUUAAUGUAUCUUCUCCUUAACUCUUUUUUAAUUAUUAUAAAAAUACAUUAGAGAAUUUUGUGUGUAGUAUCUGUCCCAGGGAGGCUCCCGUAAGAGGAAGAAAGGAAAAGGUCAUGUUAUCAGUAAUUCCAGUUCUGUAUGUAAAUGAAACAGAUUUUUCUAGGGUUACUCAGAUAAUCAGAUGUGAAGUUUUAAUAUCCCCCUGAUUGUUUAACAAUAUCGCACAUACCCAAAGUCAAUGAAGAUAGCAGAAGGUUGAGUUAAUGAAGUUUAUUAUUGCAUUAUUAAAGAGAAAUACUAAUUCUGCUUGGCCAGAAGGUAUAUUAUGCCCACCCAAGAAUGUUCAAUGCAGGAUCAGAGAUUACAUGGCACUUUUUAGAUUUUCUGACGAAUUGAAAUAUUGCACAUUAUUUUCCUUUAAAAGAGUAUUAGUUCUCCUUAUAUAAUUUUGUAAGAUGUUCAAACACUAUAGAGAUGAGCUAGGAGUAAAUGUUUAAGUAGAUACUUUGGUGAUAGUUGCAGUAUAGGUAAAUAUCAAAGCCAGUAAGAGUAAGGCUUGUAUGCAUGUGUAAAGUCAUAUUAGCUGCUACAAUGCUAAGCAUAUUUCAGAAAUAAUUUACAGGUCCUGGAGGGUUCCUGGAAGCCUGAUUAAAAUAAUCUUCUAUUUGUAUAGCUAUUAAUGUUUGUCUAGACUGGAGUGUUUGGUCACAUUAUAACUCAGUUAAUUGCGUAUUAAUUUAAAUAAUACAAUUGUGAAUGCUAAUCUAAAGGCUCUACAAACCUUUGUUCCAGGAUACGCUGGUGAAUCAGGACAUGGAAGAGACAUUUGGAUCCCGGAACAAACAUUUGUGGUGUGUCUAAUUAAACAUUAGCUUGUGUUAAUUUGACCAAACUACUAAUCAGUUAGCUUGAGGUAAAACAGACAUUUUUCACUGGGGUCUAAACUCCUGUAGUUUAGCUUUUAUUUCCAUGGGAUAAGAGCCUGCACACAUGCAGUUACCAUGGAGCAGCUGAUAGGCAGCAAAUCACCACCCAGUUUUACCUUAUGUAACUAGUUGAUGUGUACAUGCACUACACAAGAGACUAAUACCUGUGCAAAUGAGUAUAAAAUGCACUAAAUUUAUUUUCACACAACACAUGAGCAACUAACUAAGCAACAUUGAGACAAUAAAGCCAAGGGCACUUUAAUGUUUUGUCCAAUUGAUAGGAACUGGCAAUUUGGCUGUGUUACAUAGAAAAUAGAGUACUUUGUAGCUCUAUCUUCAAGACAGUAGUAUGGACAACAGAAAGUAAAAAUCCCACAUGAGCCUUUUUAGGCUGUGACCCACAUUCUCCAUAUAAGGGUGAGUUUUGGUAAGGGCACUUUGGAAGUGCAUAUAUGUCACACUGGCUACCUCUGUCCUCUCUGUUUUUGUGGCUACCAUUUGGAAAAAUACAAGACUUCAUUUGAAUGCUUUGAUACAUGUAGGAUCUGUGCCUAUAUCUCAGGACAGAUUUGGGCCAUUUGUUAUACAUUUAAAAGCUUACUGAAAUAUUGUAACUUAUGAAAUCACAUUGUCAUUCAUAUUAGACAGAGAAUCCAAAAGAAUGACUGUGACAUGUAGGAGUCUUAUGUGGGAAACUGAAAAGUCCUCCCAUUUCCCAAUAGAAUGACUACAAUUUACAACUAAUGGCAGUUCAGUUACACACCAUGCAGGAGUUAGUUACUUUCAGUAAAUGAAUAACCAACCUUACUCUGAGAGUAAUGAUACCCUACUGACGUUCAUCGUUAUUACCCAGUCAGACAUCAGAGAAUUAUCUCUUUUCCCUCCACCCCCAGUCUAAUAGAAUGAUGGAUUAUAUUUUUUCUCAGAACAUUGAAAUGCAUCUGUUAUAGAAGUGCUAUGGAAAUUGCAGUUCAGAUUAUAUCAAGUAAAAAUAUUUGUGGUUGGUAACUACUAUCUUCAGAGAAGGCAAAAAGAGGGCCCCCAUCUGCUAUUACAGGCCCUGGGAUUUAGUCAAGGAGGAAGAGCUGCCUGUGAAACUGCAUUGUUGGUGCAAUAUAAAAACAGCUUCGCUCUCAGCAGUUCUGCUAGAUCUGUUUCUGUACUGUUACCUCAGCCCAUCCAACUCUGUGUGCCAUCUUUGUUAGCCAGACCUCACUUCAGCAGAAUGUAAGUGGCUUCUUCAGAGUUUUCAUUGUUGUCCAAUGAGUCAUGAAAGCUGGCAGACACAUCAACAAAAGUGUCUGUUUUAAGGGAUCUGAAAGACUGAGAAAGUUGACUUAACUACCCCUUUCAAGCAAAAUACUGUUUAUCCAGAAGUCAGAUGUCUUCUGCAACUUGUGGAUAAGCAGGGUUGUACAGUCCUCAUUAUUCAGACCAGUGCCUGCACCUUUGCAACCAUGUGCCAUGUGAUCUAACUUGGUAACAAUGUUUCAUUUUCUCCUUAUACAAAUGGUAGUGAACCUGCAUACCUAGAAGAAAAGAAUUCAUUUUGCAUGAUCACAAGUUUUAGAUUAUACAGUUACCUACUGAGUUAAAAUGACCAUGUGAGCAAUCAGUGAUAAAUACUACGUAUUAUAUUUCUUUAUGUAUACAGAUAGGUGAUGCAAAGAGGUUUCCUAUUAUUAAAUAUUCUCCUUUAAUGAAAACAUUUUGAUUGUGCCCUUGAAGUACCAUCUGCCACAGAUCUUGUCUGGUAUCUUCUUCGUCUGUCUCUUGUUUCUUGCUUAAUUCAGUCACUGGUAGACAAUGACAUUUUUCAUGGGAAGAUCUCAUAGAAAUUUGACAGACUGAGAAACUAUACCUUCAGAGCAAUUGCUAAUGAGCUCAUUGCAAAGCAGCUGAAGCAGGUUUCUUCUGUUUUAUACUUUUCAGGACUGUAUAGUGCAGGAGGAAAAUAGGGGUGUUGCCUAAGACACAUAGGAGUAUUAUAAAAAAUGGGAAGAGAUUCAUCCUAGGGUGCAAAGGGAAUUUAUAAUGACACAAUUAAAGCUAGAUGCUUGCAGGGAAGUCCAAAAUACCAUGACCUGAUGUGGAGGACUGAUAAGAUUCUGCUUUGACAUUUGUGUUCGUCCACCUCUGAUAUUUUUGUAGCAAAGUUGUUCAGAUCUCCUAGUUUGGGCAUGUUGUACAAACACAAUGUACUUUAUUGGUGGCUUUAGGAGGUAAACAUUUUGAAAGAAUGUUUAAAGAGAUCAUUAACAAGUUCACUGGACUCCGUAUGUUCAGAGGAUAGCUGUGUACUUUUAGCAGUGUGGCAUUUGGUAAAAGCCUGGACUGUAGUUGCAAACAUGCAGGCAUAUAAUAUGUGGCAUAAAAAGUGUGUCUGUCACUUCUGUUUGCCUCACAUGGUGCAAUUCAUCCACCUCUAUCUUGAUUCAUUGCUCGUGUUGUUUUUCCUCUUCCCUCCACUUAAACAUUAUGCUGCUUUAGCUGCAGCCUUCCCUAGCAUUAUUCUUUACAUGUUCUUCUGAAAGUUGAUGAAUUAGAGAAGUGCUGUUCACAUCUCUGCUAAGUACCUGAGUAAAGCGUGCCAAUUCCAGUUGUUUACUUCCGAGCUUCUAUGAUGAGUCAGAAAGCUGAGAAUUGUUAGUCUACAAUAUCCAAACUAAUCUGCCCAGCCACUGGGGAAGCACUAACCCUUCUGAAAACUGUGUUUUCAUAAUCUGCUAUGGCUCUGAUCCAGCACCCUUGAAGUCUGAAACAGAGUCACCAUCAAUAGGGGCAGGAUCAGAAUCUGUUUGGAAAUCUUUAGCUUAAAAGUUAAGCACCCACAUCAGCUUUUCUUCACUUUUGAAACACAGCAGAUGCCAUGAACAGUGAAUUUAUCUGUUGCAUGUGAAUGCUGUUUGUCUGAUGAGCUGCAAAGGCGACAGUGAAUCUUAAAAGAAUUCACUGAUGUGUCUUUCCAGAGCAACAUACACUGAGAAGAUAAUUUAGUUAUCUCUAGAUUCAAGCAUCAGGUUAACAGCUUAGUUUGUUUUUGAGAAAUAUAACUUUCUCUUAGGACCCAGCGUCUAGUCAUUAGUAAACUAAGAUUCUAGAGGCAUGAAGUUCUUAUCAUAUUUUUUCUCACUCUUUUACUGAGUUUCAUUAUUAUCAUUUUAAAUAAUUGGGUUUUCUUUCUGGAAUGACUGUUAAUGCCAUUGUUUCAAAGCUCAUAAAAGAAACAUUAGAGCCAGGCUCAAUGUGUAUAGGAUCUGUUAUGAACUUCUCCACUCAUCUCUGUCAGUGCUGUUCUUUCCUGACUUAGAGUAAACUCAUAAUACCUGGUCCUGUUCUUUCCCACAGCAGCAGUUGCCAGUUGUACCCUGUGAGGGUGAUUUUUGUGCAUUGCUGCUCCGUGCCACCUUUUCUCUUUACCGGGUUUCAUGGUCCUAUGCUUCCAUAGCUUGAUUCUAAACUACCUCAGACCUUAUUGUGAGAGAGAUCAGCUGAAGUUCAAGUCAGUGCUAUAGGAUGGAGCCCUUGGGGGCUCUUAAAAUGCCCGUGGAUAUGUAGAUAAACCAGCCUGCCAUAUAGUGACUUCAUUUUCAGGAAUGCUCCUCCAGAGAGAGGUACUGAUUGGGAUGAGUUCACAGGCAGGCCCACUCAGGCUUAUACUUGUCCCUCAUUCUAUGAAAACCUUCAAAAGAGCAUGACUUCUGACAGUGCCACAUGGCAAAUAAAACACUUACCUUAUCCAAUCUCCUCCAUGUGUUUGAAGGAGCAUGACAUUGUUUGCACUGGACUACUGUAGCCUCUCUUUAACUGUGACAACCUCUAUAAAAAAUGCUUUGUCGGUCCACAACGCCUGGCUGUUGAAAGAAGUCGUGCAGUUGUUGUGAACUGUGCUUAUCCUGUAGGAAUACUUCCACCCACAGCAUGCUCUUACGACCUUGGUGACAUUUUUAUACUGCAAUGUAUUUGCAUUUCUAACCAUUUUGCCUAAUUAAGUUUUAAGUAGAACCCCAGUCCCAGAUUGUGCUGCAGUUAUGCAAUCAAUAACUUGGGAACUGUCUGGUCUUCUAAGUUAUGCAUUGGUCAAGCCAGUAAACCUCUUUAGUACUGAAUCCCUGCUGCUUUUGGAACUUAACCAACUGGUAUGUAUAAAGCAAUUAAUUUGUAACAUGAAAUUUUCUAUGACCAUUUAGAAAAGGAGAUAUCACAGUUAUGCCGUAAGUUUUAUCUCCAAGAAAAUGUGCGAGUUUGUAGUGAAAGACCAUAGAAUUGUAAUACUGGCAUGAGACAAUCAAAGCAUGCCUAAGUAUUUGAUUAACAGCUUGUCUUAAAAGCUGUCAAUUUUGGAGAGUGGGGGAGAGUAUCCCUGGAUUUUUUUUCAAGCAUAUCAGACAGGGAGACUGCUGAAUCCACCUUCAGCUACCCAAAUUAAUGCAGGACCAGACAAUGCUCAAAGCACAUGUUAAAAGUAAAACUGCUAUGCUUUGUAUUUAUUUUUAGGGGUGUUUUUUCCUUUAAAGUAUGUAGCUUAUGCAGGAAAAAAUAUAGAUAUAUAUUUAAAAUGUUGAAAACUAGAAGUGCACCUUUACAAGAAUAAUGUAGGUGUGAUUUGAGGAAUAAAGUGAUCUUU